UUUUUUUCAUGACGACGUCCUCUGCUUCAUUAAUUGUUUUUCCUUUUUAUAGUUUUUGAAAGGGGGGCAAAACAGGGUGACUACUACCGAAGAAGCUGCUGCUGCUGCUGCUUUGCAUUCCCCAGCGUUCCAACGAUCGCUCCCAAAGGCCAUCGGGUUGGAUAGCUGAGGAGCUCUACGUAUGGUUGAUAUCCAUGUCGUGGCCGACUCUAUGGCAGCCCUGAAAAUUUUGGGUUAUAGCUUAUUUCUACUCUGAUUCACUUCAUCAAAUCCAAUGCCUCCUUCAAACAGCUAUGAAUCUCUAGUCCUGAAAUCCGCAUUGGCGUCAAGGUUCCUCCUCAUCACGCUCAUCAUCCUCUGGCGAUCUCUUCUUGAUCCUUAUGACACCUCUGCGACCUUAAACCCUAAUUGCCUCUCAAGUACCUCAUCCUCAUCUUCUGCUGAAAAGCCAGCGCUAUGGCCGAGCCUUGGCUCGGCGAUCGAGAGCAACAUCGUGUGGGAUAGCGUGUACUAUGUUCGGAUUGCUCAGUGCGGCUAUGAGUAUGAGCAGACUUACGCAUUCCCUCUGCUCCCCUUCCUCAUCUCCAUUUCAUCUCGAACAGUUCUUCUUCCGUUGGUUCCUGUGAUCGGAUACAGAGCAGUCUUGGGACUUUCAGGCUACCUCAUCAGUAACAUUGCCUUUGUGUUCGCUGCGGUAUAUUUCUACAGGCUUUCAGUGAUUGUCUUGAAGGACACAAAGGCAUCUCUAAGGGCUUCUAUCUUGUUCUGCUUCAACCCGGCUUCAAUAUUUUACACAUCCAUUUAUUCAGAAAGUCUGUAUGCUCUUUUCUCAAUUGGAGGGGUAUAUCACUGGCUUUCCGGUGCACAGAGUAUAGCUGUUCUGUGGCUUGCUUUUUCAGGUUUGGCAAGGUCAAACGGAAUGCUUAAUGCUGGCUAUAUCUGUUUUCAUACAAUGCUCAGGGCUUACGAAGCUUUGAUCUACAAAAAGCGCACUUCUCUGGCAAUGCAGGUUUUGGCUGUUGGAAUCCUGCGCUGUCUUUUUAUAUUUGUUCCAUUUAUGUCUUUCCAAGCUUUUGGAUACUACAACAUGUGCCAUGGGCAGCAUUUAGAUGACAUUAGACCUUGGUGCAGAGGGAGAAUACCUACCAUGUACAAUUACAUCCAAGGUCAUUAUUGGGGAGUAGGGUUCUUAAAAUACUUCCAUCUAAAACAGAUGCCAAAUUUUCUGCUAGCAUCUCCCAUCUUGACCUUAACACUUUGCUCGAUAUUGACCUAUGGUAGAACAUGGUAUAAGCUCCUCUUUUCACUAGGAUUUCAAGCUUCUCUUGAAGAGAUGUCUGCGGAAUUUCUCCUUCAACCAGUAGCAUUUUCUAGGGCAAAAACUUGCUCUCCAGAUAAUAAGAGUAGUAAUGAUAAAGUUAAAGCCAGCAUUAUGGUGCUUCUAGCAGAACCUCGCUACCUUAGGAGGAGGAAACAAAUGAUUGAUAGAGCAAAGCCUUCAACUCAAGUAAAAGAGAAUGAAUUGCUUAACGAGUCACCAUACCUGUCUGCCUCCAUAUUCCCGUUCAUAGUACACUUGGGGUUCAUGGGAGCAACAGCAUUUUUUGUCAUGCAUGUGCAGGUUGCCACUCGUUUUUUGUCUGCCAGUGCUCCGCUCUAUUGGUUUGCUGCAUAUUUAAUGAUUUCUCCUAGUUCUCGGAGAUGGGGAUAUUUGAUUUGGGCCUAUUGUGGAGCCUAUAUCCUUCUUGGCAGUUUACUCUUCCCAAACUUUUACCCAUUCACAUGAUGAGCUCUGCUGCCUUUCCUUAUCACAGCCAAUGCGUUGCUAUAUGCCAGUGCUGAAUGAGUUUCUUCCUCAGCUUCUAUUAUUGAUGGGGCUGAGCCUUUCGGUUCUUAGUAUGGUCUUUCAUAAUUGUGCUGGUGAACUUGCUGGAGGGCCAUCCAAUUGGCUGUGCUAGCCCAGCUGUAUGCCCUUACCAUUACAAGUGCAUGAUUUUUUUCAAGUUCGUGUAAUGACGUAAGAGAUGAGGUUAGAUUAUCCGUGAUGCUUGAAGGGCAACUUCAUAGUGCAUGGUUUUGCAAUCCGAGACUGUUAUCUUUGAUUUUGUAAACUGUAUUUCGUUUAGAGUCAAUUUUCAUCUGCUUGUAUCAUCGAGAACCUUCUUGUUCAAUUGUGCAACUCCGGGUAAGAGGAUCCUCUUUUUUUCUUUCCUGAGCAUUUUGGGUACCUUGUGAAUAUUCAACAAUUUGUCCCCACUUGCAUUUUAUGAGAUAUACUCAGCAACGAGGGAGGCCGAAUGUGGCAUGUAAUGUUCAUUAUUCAUGGUUCUUAUGA